UAUGGAGUAGAUUGGUAUAGUAAAUUCUUAAUCAUGUCAAUUUUUUUUUGGUUACUUCUUAUUCAUUUAACAUUUUCCAAAGAUUUAUAAUAUUGACAUUAAAGGGUUAACCCAAAGGUCUUAAUUGUUGGGUUAUUAAUGAGCUAGUAAUUGUAAUUAAACCCACUUUAAAAAAUAGUCUUGAUUCUCUUGGUCUUGACCCAAUGACUUUUCCAUCCUAUAAAGAAAGCCCACUUGAAAAAAAAAAAAAAAGAAAAGAAAAUCAAGCAUCGAUGACAACCUCGAACCUUCCUAAUCUCCGUUGUUCUUGUUCAUAUAUUAAUUUUCUUUUCCAUUUUCCAGUUUCCAAUUUCAACUGUGACUAAUUAUUAUUACUCGUAUUUAUUUAUACAUCACCUUUUUUUUUCGUGCUUCUCACUAUUCAACCAAUUCCACUGGUCGAUUAAAAUUUCUGGGAUUUGUUUAAAAAUUGUACACGAAUUAGGGUUUAGAAAAAUGGAAAGUGGUUUUGAGGAAUCAAUGAAGGCUGAAUCAAGUUCGAGUAAUGGAGAAGCAAAAGAUAAUAAUAAUAACAAUAAAGAUAAUAAUGAUGCUGGUGAUUUUGAGUGUAAUAUUUGUUUUGAAUUAGCACAAGACCCAAUUGUUACACUUUGUGGUCAUCUUUAUUGUUGGCCAUGUUUGUAUAGAUGGCUUCGAUAUCAUUCUCAAUCACAUGAAUGUCCUGUUUGUAAAGCCCUUGUUCAGGAAGAUAAACUUGUACCAUUGUAUGGUAGAGGAAAAUCCAAUACUGACCCUAGAUCGAGGCCGGUCCCGGGUAUCGAUAUUCCUAAUCGACCAUCCGGGCAACGCCCUGAAACCGCCCCCACCCCACCGGGGCCUGAGCAAAGUUAUUUCUCUAAUUUGGGUUUUGGGUUGUUUGGUGGGUUUAUGCCAAUGGCAACUGCUAGGUUUGGGAAUAUGACUAUGUCUGCUGGGUUUGGUGGACUUUUCCCUUCAUUGUUGAGUUUACAGUUUAAUGGGUUUCCUCAUAAUCCAAUGUAUGGGACCGCGCAUGGGUUUCCUUAUGCUUAUCCACAGGCGGUUCAUGGUAAUGCAAUGCACCACGGUCAUGGGUACGAGCACGGUCAUGGAUUCCAGCAGCAUCAUCAUGGUGGUGUUGCAACUCCUGCCAGCCAAAGACAGGAUUAUAUUCUCAAGAAUUUGUGUCUCAUUAUUGGCUUCUGUUUUUUGGUGGCGAUGCUCUGUUUGAACAAUCGAAGACUGUUGUGAAUGCAGCCAAGUUUGAACAUUUUAGAACACACGUUUUUUUUCCCCUUGUAAGUUUUUAUUUAUUUGAAGGCUUAAAUCUGGGUUAUGGCUCCUAGGCUCCUUAUGAGCCAAGUUUGAAUCAUUACUUUUCUUUAAACUGAAAAAUUCAGUCAUAAAUUUUGCUUUUCUCCUAUAGUCUUCACCAUCUCUUGCAGGUUCAACUGUAUGCUCCUUGAUACCAAAAUUUUCCUAAUAUUGUGAGGCUUAGGCUGUGAGUGGCUGGUAAUAAGUAAAGGUAGUUUUCCUGUUUAUACUCUGGUUUGUAACUUGAAAAAUUAUUAUUUUUCAAGAAUGAACAAGAUUUUCUUUUUCAAUGAACAAAUGCCUUGUUUUCCUCUCUAUCUCCUAACUCCCUUCACCUUCUUCCCACUCUUACAUUUGACUUUCUUCUUUUCUGUCAAACUUUUUUAACAAUGAAAUAAACAAAUGGAUUGUCACAUGUAAAACCUGUCUCCAUUGAAAAUACUAUAUAGUUCAAUUGUUUUUUUUUGAAUAAAAAUGUAGCCUAAUACCAAGAUUUUUUGUGCACACAAUAUGAGUCAACAAGAUAGAUCAAGUGUAAUUUCGCUGACUAAAACAGAGUGCCAAUUAUUUUGAUUUGUACUUGUACAAAAAACCAAUUAGUUUUGGUAUCAUACUUGAGAGUUUGUUUUCUUUUUGUUUGCAUAAUGAGAAGUCAAGUGGAUUUGAUGAAGCAAGUAAUGUGUGGCAAUGUUUUUGUUUUUUCUGGGACCCUGUCCACGUCUGAUUCUUUCCAAAUUACAUGUUCCUAGUGGAACAUGUAAUUGGAGGCAGUCUAUACAUAUUAUCACAGCCUCUCAUAACACAUUCAGGGCGUGCAACUAACAUAUGACACCUGUUAUCUACAUUUGACCACAUUCUAGAUGGCGACAUGUAUAGAUUCAUUCUUGCACCUAAGUUUUGUGAUUUGCUUUCACCCUGGUUGCCCGUAAUUAUGGGAGGCUUUGCAUUGGGAGUGGUAGUGCUUGUGAAUCUGGGGUAAGUGCGAUGUAUGCAUGUAUCAAUUGAUAAAUUGAUCUAGUAACCGGACUAUUAUGUUAUUCUGCUAUUCGCAUCUUGGUGCUUCACCAUGUUUGCCUGUUGAAUGGGUCAGUUUAAUUUUGAUCAAUUUUUACUUAAGCCCUGUUGUGCUUGGGUGUUUUAUCUGUUCAUGCCUAUUAUAAACUAUUGUUGGAAGUAAUAUUCAGGCAUUACCUUAUGCAUGGCCCCAAACUUUUGGGUGGAUUUUUGUUGGUUCAAGUAGGUCCUUUAUAUUUCUUAAUUUGCUUAGAGCUUGAGCUUGGAAAAUGGCAGUUUCAUGUAGAAAAUGAAUAUAUAUAUUUGAUGGUGGUAUGAACAAUUGAAUUGGAUUCAGGCAGUUGUAACCUGUUGGAAAGAGCUUGUAAUUUUUUUGUCUGACAUUGUCUUCAUUUGUAACUCAAAAUCGGUGACUUUCAGUUUUUCUGAUGAAAUGAGUGCUAUAAACCAAAUAAUCCCUCUUUUUAUAUGGUGAGUUUUAAUUCUU